UUGAUAGUACGUGGGUGUGUAUCAUUUGCCUACUGUACAGAGGAAAGUUGUUUGGUGCGUGUUUGGAUCAUUCCUGUCCAAACAUCACGGUCUCAUUCAGGCAACAGAGUCAUGGAAGUGAAAGAUGGAGAGAGGCAUGUCUUUGCCAAUCUUGCAUCCAGCACCGCCAAUCUGGACUCCACCGGCAAGACCUCACAGGCCCACCACAGGAUCACUGACAAUGGUCUCCGCGUCCUUGUCAACACCCAGAUGAAGAACCCUGCUUGCCUACAGAAAAAACAAAGUGUCAAUAAAAAAAAUAGUACCAGCAUACAAGGGAAGUACAACAAAACUUCAAAGGUUCCUGGGAACCUAACCCGAGCUGGCACAACUGCACUCAACACUGGCAAUGUAUAUAAUGAGCCAGAGAUCUACUCUACUCUCCAUGUAGCAACACAACUUGCUCAAACCAGGAAGAUGCAACCCAAUUUAUCUCAACUAGUGAAGAGUAAGCUGGACUCUCCAAGUACAAAUGCAAAGCUAAAAAGACAGCCUGCCAAGGAUGUCAAUGUGCCCAAGUCCCACUCAGUGUUCCAGGAGCUUGUAUCUCUGGAUGUCAGUGAAGGAGCCUUGGAGACACAACUCAGGAACACACUGAAUAUCAGGGCAGAUGCUGUACGACAUUCUCAAGGCCAUCAGGACCCAGUGCCCCAACCCAGUGACAUAAUGGACCCUGAGGAGUAUGUGAGUCGAGCCACCGUCACCAAGACCACCUCUAGCUAUGCCCCGUCGGCUUGUGUGCAGUCGCAGAAACUCACAAGGGAGGAAUUUUGCCAGUUCUCAAAAAUGGUUAUGGAUUUACUAUAGAUAGAUUAUGCAUUUACGGGAUUGCACUGUCACCUAGAUCACUAGAAUACCAUCAUCACCAUUUUCAAAGGUUUGCUUCAUGUUCAUUUUUGGUAACGAUUAUUUUUCCCCAUCUUUCUUUAUCUGUCCACUAAUACUGCUUCAGUUAGUAUCUGCAUAUGGCUCACCCAGUCCCCCCUGCUCUCUCUCUCUCUCUCUCUCAUGGUCAAAUUGACAUGAAUUUUCCUCAUCAUCUAACUACUGCACUCAAUCCUUUGUAUUCUUAUUCCUUACUGGUCUGGCCAACAUUUGCCAUAGCAUUGCUGAUUCUUCAUCAUGCUCUAAUGUCUCUAAAUCACUGCAGAGAACUUCACAAAGUAUCAUAUAAAAAGCCUUUUCUUUAUCCAAUUCCAUCUCACCUUAUUCCAUCCUUGUACAUCCUUGCCAAAGAAGUACCUACUCUUUUUGCUCUACACUGUUGUGCAUGAAAAUUUAUAUUGUUGAUGCAGUCAAAUAAGUCUCAUUCACCUUUAUUAUUCAUUGGAACCAUUUAAAUCCAAUAAUCAUAUGUUUCUAAAGAUUGUACAAAUAGGGAGAUGGUGAUGUAGUGGAUAAGGUGGUGAGAGUGGGAUCGGGCAUACGUCCAUGCGUUGGUUCGAAUCCCACCACAUACAGCCUUAAACACUUUGCCAUUUGUCGAGUGGUUUAAAGUUAUUUACAUGUCACCAUGAUACCCAGGUUCUAGGUGGUUACACCCAAGAUGAGCUUGGGUGGUGAUAUAGGCCCUAAUAUGGGUACCACUAUAAAUAAAAUUGCUUGCGCCACUAAUGGGUGGAAGCUAAACAGCGCUUUCUACACACUCUUUAAGUGAGCCUACAGGUGCUAUAAGCC